UUGUCUCUCUCUUACUCUGAUUGGUGGCUUUCUCUCAAAGCUGGAAACCUCUCACAACUAGUCACAAGCCAAACAAGCACCAAAACCAACGCCUUCCCCCAAUAAGGAAAGUAAAAUCCACAAGUACAAUCCAGCGACCAAUUCCUCACUCACCUAAACUCUCACAUCUCACCGUAUAACACACACACACAAAUUUCUCCCAGGACUCCACAAUUUUCUUCUCCAUCUUCUCGAAAGCUAAAUUUAGUUAAAUGCCUGCCUAUUAAAAUUUCUGCUACCCUCACACUAAACAAACACCCUUUGCUUUUGCUUUUCAUAAAACACGCCAUAUAUAGUCAACGACUCAGCCUUCGCUUGCUUUUGACUCGUCCUUUUUUUAGAUUAAGGUGAAGGAAAUUAAUGGCGAGGGAGAAGAUUCAGAUUAGGAAGAUCGACAACGCCACGGCCAGGCAAGUAACCUUUUCCAAGCGACGCAGAGGGCUCUUCAAAAAAGCUGAGGAGCUUUCGGUUCUGUGCGAUGCUGAUAUAGCCCUCAUAAUCUUCUCUUCUACUGGCAAGCUCUUCGAGUACUCAAGUUCAAGCAUGAAGGAAAUUCUUGAAAGGCAUCAUUUGCACUCGAAGAACCUAGCAAAGCUGGAGCAACCGUCUCUCGAGUUGCAGCUAGUUGAAAACAGCAACUGUUCCAGAUUGAGCAAGGAAGUUGCUGAGAAAAGCCAUCAACUAAGGCAGCUGAGAGGAGAGGAUCUUCAAGGUUUGAACAUAGAAGAAUUGCAACAACUGGAGAGGUCUCUCGAAACUGGGUUGGGCCGUGUAAUAGAAAAGAAGGGAGAGAAGAUCAUGAAUGAGAUCACUGAUCUUCAAAGAAAGGGAAUGCUAUUGAUGGAAGAGAACGAGCGACUAAAGCGUCAUGUAACGGGCACUAUUAAUGGGCAAAGGCUUGGUGGUGCGGAUUCAGAGAACUUGGUUAUGGAUGAAGGUCAAUCUUCAGAGUCUGUCACUAACGUGUGCAACUCCACUGGACCUCCCCAGGACUAUGAAAGCUCAGACACAUCGCUCAAAUUGGGGCUUCCAUACAACGGAUGAAGGGGAAGUGUGUACGGAGUUAAAACUUACUAGAAAAGAUCAACAAAAAUUAUGGUCUAAAUUUCGUUAAUGGUAAUGACUAAUAUGUCCCCGUGGAGUGGUGGUAGUAUAUAUUAGUACUGACUCGUGGCUAUUGUAGGGUAAUAUCACUUAGCAAUUGAUUUAAAAAAGUAACUCCAAGUGCCAAGUAAUGUUUUUUAAUUGCAUUUUAACCGUGUAAUCCUUGCUUCUUCCACUCUUUUCCCGUUGUAUACUUUGAUUAGAAUUGUUGAAAUGAUUAUGGAUCUGUUUGGUUAACAAUGUAAACUGAGCUUGUCCAUAUAAAAAGUAAAAUCACUUUCUAACAUUUUUC